CAACAGUUGCUCUACUUAGUGAAAGCGAAGCACAACAAACACUUUCUAAAAAAAAAUGUCUCUAACCAUUGCUCAAGACGUUUCUAUUCCUGAGCUCAAGGACUUGAGCACUGUUCGCAAUGAGCAAAAGGAGCUGAACCUCUCGCCAGUGCACCACUUGGAUGUAAGCUUUGAGACUGCAACCUUCGGCAUGGGCUGCUUCUGGGGAGCUGAAUCUUUGUACGGCGCUACGAGGGGCGUGUUACGCACUACUGUAGGAUAUGCAGGCGGCAGCUCGGAAUUACCAACGUACCGUAAAAUGGGUGAUCAUACUGAGGUUCUUGAAAUCGACUAUGAUCCAAAGGUGGUCAACUUUAAGGAGCUGUUGGAUCUGUUCUGGAACAAUCAUGAGUACGGCCUGACCACACCUAUAAAGCGCCAAUAUGCCUCGCUAAUAUUAUAUCACAAUGAGGAGCAGCAACAAAUUGCCGAAGCCUCCAAACUAGAAGAGCAGAAACGUCGUGCGCCUGAAGUAAUUACUACUGACAUUGCGGUCAAAAAGAAUUUCUACCCAGCAGAGUCUUAUCAUCAAAAAUAUCGUCUGCAAGGUCAUAAAGAUCUUGCGGGCUCCCUCAAUCUCAACCCGCAGUUGCUGCAGAGCAGCUAUGUGGCCACGAAACUUAAUGGAUAUCUUGCAGGCGUUGGUGGUAUUGAUCAGUUUAAGUCCGAGGUAGAAACCAUGGGACUGACGCCCACUCAGCGUCGGUAUUGCAACUACCACAUUGAACAGAAUGAAGGACAGGGGCUCUAUUGCUGACAAGCCUACAUAGAUGUGAAGCGUAUAUCAUAUACUUAGGGGGUCAUAAAAAUAAGUCAAUUCAUGUGUGUACUUUUCAAUAUUCUUAUUUGUUUGUGAAAAACAAAGUUCGUAUUAUUAAAGCUUAGUAAAAUGUAAGCAAGACCUGUCUUCUUUUGUUCAAUAUGGGUGCUACUUGAUCAAUGAUUCUUAUAGAGGCAGAC